AUGGCCGGUUUCAAGCGUGGUGGUGCCCGAGGGGGCAGCGCAUUCAAGAAAACUUUCCCAAAGAAACGUUCCUCGCCCGACGCUGAUGACGAUAACGCGGCGCGCGCGAGCAAGAAGACCAAGGCCGGAGACGACAACGACGACGACUCUGUACCAGUGGUACCCGAGCUCAAGACAGACGACAAUGGCGAUGCAUAUGUCAGCCUAAAUACCAGCGGAAAACGACGCGUGACUGUAAGCGACUUCAACAAGAGCACACUAGUUAGUAUACGAGAGUACUAUGUUACCGAUUCUGGAGAGACGAAACCGGGCAAGAAGGGUAUCUCACUUACAAUCGAUCAAUACAACGCUUUGCUCGCUUCAGCACCUCUUAUCGAAUCUGCGCUUGCGAAGAAGGACAUACAGGUCGUAAGACCGGAUUAUGAGGGUGAUCUGGGUGCAAAGAUUGGGGAGCACGAAAAGGAAGAGGAAGAAAAUGAAGAGAGAGACGAUGAGAAGACUGCGAAGAAAGAAGAAGACGAGGAUGAUGAUGAUGAUGAUGAGGAGUAA